AUGGAUGUCCGCCCUUUGAAGCAGCUGGCGGCGGUGGCCUUUCUGGCCGUCGUUGUGUUCCGCGUCCUGCACAAAUGGUGGUUUCGCAUCAAGUACGACUGGCACCUGAUACCGGGGCCUCAGGCGUACCCCCUGUUCGGCAAUCUGCCGCAAUUUCUCCGCUGGGAGAAGCCGCAGAUCCACUUGAAGAUCACCGACUGGGCGAAGGAGUACGGGAAGAUUUUCAAGGUGGACGCUCCAGGAAUUGGAAGGUUAGUGUUUGUGACAGAUCCAGAGUACGUCCAGAAAAACAUUACUGGCCAUGGUGCCCAUGGCCUCCCCAAGACACAGGUGUACGCAGAGCUCAAGAAGGUAGGGAUUUGCUUGGAGCCAUCCAUAAGUGGGAAACCUUGCCAAGCAAAUCAAACGCAGGGACCACGAGAGCACUCUGUGACCAAGGACCAUGUUUCCUUUUUCACCUGA